UGGCAAUAAAAUAAAAUUCGGUGGUUAACGGAAAUUGAUUACACGACGUCUUCCGUACGCGUGGCAAUUAUUUAGUCUUACGUUUGCUAACAUCAGCAACGAUGUACUUUUUGCUAUAUACGAUUUACCGCCAUUAAAGUCGUGAAUGCCGUUAUCUACGCCGGCAAGAAACAGUUGCGUAAAAGAGUAGUUCUUCUUUUAUUUCAGUACCAUUAGUCUCGAGAUGAAGAAGCACUAACGGAAUUUUAAGUCUGAACAGUUUGAAAAAAGAAACGUUUAAAUACGAGGAUACACUAUCAAAAUAUUGAUAUCCGACAAGUUAAAUAAUGGGAUAUUUGAAGUCCAUAGGUACCGUGAUCAUAUAUAUCGGUCUUUUCUUAACUGUUAUCACCUUUUUGCCAGGUUUACCUCCGGAAACAGACUUUUCCGAAUACAGUAUAAAGCUUCCUACCGAGCCGCAAGAUCGGUUUGAGCUAAAAAAUCGACUACAGGGAGCAGAAGUACUAUUUUCUGGAGCAAUCAAAGGUCCAGAAAGUUUUGCUUCUUAUAAUGGAGAAUUAUAUACUGGUAUACGUGGAGGUUAUGUCGUGAAAAUCGAAGAUAAUCAUAUUGUACCAAUUGUAAAAUUUGGUAAAAAAUGUGAUGGUUUAUGGCAAGAAGAGAAAUGCGGUAGACCUUUGGGUUUACAAUUCAAUAAAAAAGGAGAUUUAUUUGUAGCUGAUACUUACUAUGGUAUUUUUAAAGUUGAUGUUAAUACCAGACAAUAUAUAAAUAUAGUUAAUAUUUCUGUACCUAUUAAUGGAAAAAUUCCAAAAUUGAUUAAUUCUUUGGACGUUGCCAAGAAUGGAGAUAUUUAUUGGACAGACUCUAGUACAGAUUUUGUUCUUCAUGAUGGAGUAAAUGCAGCUUUUGCUAAUCCGUCUGGAAGACUUAUUCGAUAUAACGUUGUGACAAAAAAGAACGAAGUGUUACUACAAAAUUUGGUGUUUGCAAAUGGAGUUUUAUUAAGCGACGACGAAAGUUUUGUCAUUGUACUAGAAACUUUUGCUUCGCGUAUUAUUAAGUACCAUUUGAAAGGUCCAAAGAUUGGGCAACAGGAAAUUUUUGUAGAAGCUUUACCCGGCCUGCCAGACAAUGUACAUAGCGACGGACAAGGAGGCUUUCUAGUGACUUUAAUUCAAUACGUGGAUCCUCAAUAUCCUUUCAUAGCUCAGUCUCUUAUGCCGCAUCCAUAUAUACGAAAAAUGUUAGUGAGAUUAUUAUAUUUGAUAGAAGCCCCGUUUAAAUUAUUGCAAGAUGUUUAUCCAAAUUAUUAUGCGGAAAGAGUUUUGCAUUCGAUAGGAUCUUUUGAAACUUCAAAGAUUUUGGAUACAAAAGGAAUUUCUGUAGUACUUAGAUUGGAUAAAGCAGGAAAUAUCUUAGAUGCUUUAUAUUCAGAAGAUGGAAGUGUUCAUAACGUAUGCUCUGCUUACAUUCACAAUGGAUAUCUGUGGCUAGGUUCUCCUUGGAACGAAUAUAUCAUGAAAGUUCCACUAAAACAAGCACUACCAGAUUUAAAAGAGAAUGUGAGAAAGCAGGCAGAAAACGAACCACUUCCAACAGUUCCAAAGAAAAAUGUUAAACUAGAAACGAAACCUACAAAUGCUAAACCAAUUGUUCGAGAAACAACACCAAAGUCUACAACUACAUCUCCCGAACCAACCGUUAAAGUACCAACAACGCAAAAACCUGUUGCGGAUGCAAAAACUCAAAAGCCAAUCGUGGAUUCGACGACGCAAAAGCCAGUUACAGUUACAACAACAACAAAACCAAUCGCAGAUGCAAAAACUCAAAAACCAGUAGUCACGGAUUCAGUGACACAAAAGCCAAUCACUGAUGAAAAAGUACUAAAGUCUACAACGCAUUCACAUCCAACUACUACCACUCCAAAACCUUCUUCAUCCCCACCUACUGAGAAAACGUUAACGAAGGACACUACGAAGAAUACGGCAAAGGAUAUUAAGAAAGACAGUAUAAAUGAGAUUAAGAAAGAUAACGUUAAUGCAAAGACAUCAAAUGUAAAAACUGAAUCGUCGGAGAAAGGUAACAAAGCGACGGUAAGACCAAAGUCUGAUGGAUCCGUUAAAGACAAUACUCGCGAUACUCGGUCUGAGAAAUCCAAGCCAGUGGAGAAAAAGUGAUUCCGCUAAGAAUACUCUAAUUUUUAAUUAAGACAUCAGUCCAAGUUUGAAUUAAAACUUGAUUAUAUUCCAUUACAUAUUAUUACAGGUUCUACAUAUUCCAAACAUAUCGUCAUAAUUGUUCCGAUGUUACAGAUUUUUUAGCAUCCAUACAUUCGCUGUAUUAAUGAUAAAGAGUUUGCUUUUUAUUUAUGUUUUCUUAACAGAGUUUCAUAAAAUGAUACUACGACUAUUUUAUUUUGUUAUAAUUUUUUAUA